GUCUGAGGUCCUUCUUUGGGAAUCGACGCUAACCAUGUACCGGGGUAAAGCGACACCCAUGGACUUUGAACGUACGAACUUGUUUGCAGGAACUGAGGGCUCCCCGUGGCUUCGAGCUGUGUCCUCAGCAGCCGAAAAAGCGUCUUCCGAAGAGACGAGCGUCACAAGAGAACAAGAAAGCUGUGCAAAUGCAGGGAGUUUGUUCGCGUUUGACCCUAGUCCACUGCAGUCAACAUCUGUGGUGUCACGAUCUUCUCCGAAGGAGCAGCGCCGUGUCUUGCACCCUCGCCGUAGAGCGAACACCGGGUCUCCAAAGUACCGCUACGGAUCCGACGGCUUUAGUGGAAGCGAUUCAGGUGGAGACGAAGAUGUUCCAGUCAAAGGGAAUGCAAAGAAGCGCAAGAAGAAGGAGGAAGCAAGCGCCUUCACUGGAUAUAGUUCUACAUCAAAGCCAAGCGAGGGUUUCAGUCAUCAUGCCCUGCUCUUGCCUUACAUGAUCAGUGGAUACAUACAAAUGUUCUUUUCGAUGUUCAUAAUCGCCAUCAUGCUGUACAUGAUUGUGCAGUUUAUCCUAACUGUGCGUCACGACCUGGAGAUGAAAGCAGAGGAGUACUCUGUUGAAAUUAUUCAUCAAGUAGCGGAAUGCUCGAAGAACUACAUCGAAAACAAAUGCGACCCAAAAACACGGGUGCAGUAUAUGCAGAAAGCGUGCCAGGAAUGGGAAAUUUGCAUGCAGAGAGAUCCGAAAGAAGUUGGCAGACUCAAAGUUGGUGCGGAAACGCUCGCUGAAAUCCUUAACAAACUUGUGGAACCGCUUUCAUACAAAACCAUGGUCUUUGGGACAGUUCUGUUGUUCGGCACACUCUUUUUAACGUCGACUGCCUUCAACCUAGUCAAAGCGAGGGCUUCCUCACCUCCGAACCCAGUUCCAAUUCACAUGCACGCUCCUCCCGGACCCGCGUAUCAAUACCAAUUUAUGCCCUCACCUUCCCCUACACAGUCAUAUUGGGAUCAAUCUUCGCGGCCUGCGAUUAUGGGUGUUCCAUCUAGUCCGAGCUCAACAGGAAGACUUGAUUCAAAUUCUAUAAUACGACGACAGAGACGAGUGCAAGGGUUCAUGGAGGACGAAUCAGAUUAAGCAAGGUGUAGACCCAAGCGCAUCCCCAUAUUUUGGUAACCGGCUAAGAAGUCGACCGUGCCCCGUCACUGAAGUGUAUUUUGAGCUUGACUUUAUUUGUAAAAAUUGCCAUAAGAAGAUGUAAAUAAAAUAUUAUAUUAGAAUUGCAAACAGGCAUGCAAACGUCAGCCUUGAAACGCAACAUUGCA